UCUCUUCGCCCUCCUCCCCAAACACCUGCCCAGUUUGACAGGGACGUCACUACGCCUGCGCACGAUUUAAAUGCCCUGCAGCAGGAGCCCGGCUGCCUGUGGCACUGUAUCUUGUCCCAUUCUGGAGCUUAGAUUCCCAUCACAUAAGUCUGGAUCGCGGAUAAAGAACAGGGUUUGCGGAAGAUUCCACGCAUGCUGCAACUUCUUCAACGUUCUAUGAGGAAUCUUAAGAGCAGGAGUUUUUCUAUUGAAACCACACUGGACCUUAAUGGUAAAGCACACGAGAAAAAUAAAGAUCAGCCAACAAAGCAUUGUAACAGCAUCAACUUUCUCUAGCCAUGAGCUGUUUGGAUGUUAUGUAUCAAGUGUAUGGUCCUCCUCAGCCUUACUUUACAGCAGCUUAUAGUCCUUACCACCAGAAAUUAGCCUUUUACUCGAAGAUGCAGGAAGCUCCCGAGAGUGUGAGCAGCAGCCUGAGCAGUGUGAGCAGCAGCAGCUCCUUCUCCAGCAACGCUCCCCCCAGCAUUAAGGAGGAAGACUGCAGCCCGGACAAGGAGAGACCCCCCGAGGCAGAGUACAUCAGCUCCAGGUGUGUCCUCUUCACCUACUUCCAGGGGGACAUCAGCUCGGUGGUGGACGAGCACUUCAGCAGGGCUCUCAGUCAGCCCAGCAGCUACUCCCCCUCCAGCACCAAGACUUCCCGGAGCUCCAGCUCGUGGCGGGACUCCUCUUAUCCCAUGAGUCAGAGAAGUUUCCCUCCUUCCUUCUGGAACAGCAGCUAUCAGCCUUCUUCAGUCACAGCAUCCUCAUCUCUGGGAAGCAGUCUGGCUAGUCCGCUCAGUGGUUCGCACACAGAAAUACCAUUUGGAGCAGAUCCUUAUUCCCCAGCAACUCUUCACAGCCACUUACAUCAGGGUCCUCCAGAGCCCUGGCACCAUGCACACCAUCAUCAUCACCACCACCAUCCCUACUCCAUAGGGGGAGCUAUUAACAGCCAAGGGUCCAGUUACCAAAGGGCUAGCAUGCAUGAAGUUUAUAGCACGCAUUUUGAUCCCAGAUAUAGCUCACUUAUAGUCCCGGCCUCAGUCCGACCUCACCGGAUCUCUCCUGCAGGGACAGCUCCAGCAGCACAGUGUGAUCUUGGCAAAGGAGAACAGGGCACAUCUGCAUGGACGACCCCGGGACCCUUCACUGGGCCAACUGGGGACAUGGGACAGAGCCUUGGGCUCAAUGUUGAUGCAGGUUUACAGCCUCAGGAUAAAAGGAAGGACCUGUACUGGUUUUAAAACCUCUUGCCCCUCUAGAUUAUCUUCACCUUGUAAAAUUGGUGACAUUCUGAACUGACAUGGAUUUGGUUUGGUGGUAACAGCUUGUGAUCUUGGUUUGCAGCUCGACGUUACUCCUUCUGUGGUGGGACCCUCCUGAGCUGAUGUUGUCAAAGACUUUGAGCCAAACCAUGUAUCCCAUUCCCGGAAGAGCCAAGGGUUAGGACACAUGCCUACAGCACUCAGCACUAGGACUGCAAUUCCGAGGAUUAUGGGAACAGGACUCCAAAAAUACAUGCCCUUAAGAAGACAAACAUAAGCCUCAACCAUUUUUAUUAUUUUGUUUUGCGGAGACCUAUCAAAGACUGAUGUUAUUUUUUAUUUAAAAUGUUGCUAUCACACAUAAAUAGAGGCCGCCAAAAGAUAUAUAUAGAUAUAUAUUAAUAUAAGUUCACUGUGCUUCUAAUGACAAAAGGACAAUAUUUUUUUUGUGUUGUGAAUAUUUUGAAUGUCCAUUGUAAUUUUUCUUUCCAUACAAGCUACCUGAUUGAUGAUCUAGUCCUACGUGUUUGUAUCAUUAUUACUGUACACAGUCAGAACACACACAAGACACACACAUACACAUACUAGGGAAACAACAUUUGACAAUCAGUGCACUGCAGGCCAUAUGUGGACAUACAAUCCAUUCUAUGUUGUGAGUGGCAAAGAGCUUUCUGACCACCUGCCUCUAAGCUUAUAGAAAUGCAGCUGUUGUAUGGACAACUGUUCAAACUCCAGAAAUAUGACAAGCAAGGUGGCACUUCUCAGGGUUUAGCCCAACAAUUGCAUUGAUUUUUUUUUUUUUUUACAAGGAGAAUUUUAUGAUGAAAGAAGAAACCCCUUUAGGAAACGGACAGCUUCUACAAGGAACAACUGCAGCAACUUGUAACGAGAUAUGCUUAGAGCUCAGUGUGGACAAUUGAUCUCCACAACUCUUAUGCAUGCCGCUGUCCUUCUGUCACUUUAAUUUGUUUUGGGAAACAGGGAGAGAUGUAUUUAAUUGUAGAGAUUAUACAUUAAAGCAUCUACAUGCCCGUACUUUUGUUGCUAAGUCAACAUGCAUGCAUUUCUUUCUCCGUAAAGAAUAGUAAAAUAGUUAUCCUAGUAUUCAC